AUGCCGGUCCCCGUAUCGCAAACCCUUACGCUAAGCUCCACCCUCGUGCCCAAGGAGGAGUCAAACAUGCCCUUCAUAGACGACGAGCUACUUUGGUGCCCUGACAAUGACGGCAAGAUGGUCGACUUGACGCAGUGUCUUCAGGAAAGCAGCACAGGGCAGUCGGUAGAAUUUUCCCCGAUGGAAUUAAGCGCCCUGGUGGGAACGCCGGGUGCUCCGAACAUGCCGGCAGAAGAGGGCGAAGGAAUGGCCGGUGUCACAGGGGAGGAACCCUUUGACACGUUGGACACGUUCCUGAGGGAACUGCAAGCCGAUUUGGCGGAAGCCAGUCAGCCCACGUCUACCACUUCUUCCGUAACCUCCUCCUGUAGGCGGCAAAGGUACAAUAUCGCCGCCGCCAAUCCCUUGUUAGCAGAAAAAUUAGCAGCCCCUUCGUCGCAAGCGUCUCCAUCCUCUAUUUCCUACGCAACGAGGGCGGAAAUUAAAACGGAAAACAUUCAGCCUGAAACCAGCAAAGUGGACACCAGGGAGGUCCAGCCGCACGAUGGUAGCGACAAGGAGCAACUGGGCCUCGCGAGCGUGAAAGCGGAACCAGGAUCGACAGGUACCACGACGACCACGACGGGUACACGUCUGUUGCACGGUAUUCUGUCCCAGCAUCCCCAGCAACACGGUCUCGGGGUGCAGAACGGAUACGGCCGCCAUUUGCCCGGCCACGCUCAAAUGGGCCAACCGCCCUACACCACUGCCACUAUCGCGACGACGAGUACACCAGGAAGCGGAUCACUGCCAGCUAGCCCCGCGGACAGCGGAGUCAGCGACGUCGAGUCCAGCACGUCCUCAGGCGGUAACGAGGACGCGAAUCUCUUGCUGAAGGCCAGGCUGAACCCUAACACGUCCCUGCAACCGAGCCUGGCGUCCCAUCACUCUCAUUUGUCGUCAGCAGCGCUCGGCAGGUCAGCCUGUCACAGUCCCGGCGUUUAUCCGUCGACGGCGGGCUUCCUGCCGCCCUCCUAUCAUCCUCAUCAGCAUCAUCCAUCCCAGUACCAUCCGCACAGAGGGAGCUCGCCCCACCAUCAGCACGGGAACCACCCGAUGGGCCCGACAAUGGGACCGCCCCACCAUCAUCACCACCAUCAGACGCAGAGUCUACAGCACUUGCAUUACCGUCAGCCACCUACACUAUCCGAGAGUUACAGCAGUUACGUGAACUCGAUGUACGCGAGCGGCGGUCAGUUCGCAACCCCGUGCACACCGAGCCCGCCAAGGGGACACGGCGGUGUACCGACAAGCGUGAUUCAAGCGGCGACCAGCUCGGUCUCCGACGAUCUGUACCUGUUGGAGCUGGGCUUCCCGCCGCGAACGAAGAAGAACAAACUGAAGAAACCUCGUCAAGGGGACGGGGCCGCCGUGAAGAGAAAAUCUCGCGAGGGCUCGACCACGUACUUGUGGGAGUUUCUGUUGAAGUUGCUCCAGGACCGGGAAUACUGUCCACGGUAUAUCAAAUGGACGAACCGCGAACGGGGCGUGUUCAAGCUGGUUGACAGCAAGGCGGUCUCGCGACUCUGGGGACUGCACAAAAACAAACCGGACAUGAACUACGAGACGAUGGGCCGAGCGUUGCGUUACUAUUACCAGCGCGGCAUCCUGGCGAAGGUCGACGGACAGAGGCUGGUCUAUCAGUUCGUGGACGUGCCGAAGGACAUCAUCGAAAUCGAUUGCACCGGCGCGUGAGAUUGGGCCCGGGCCCCGUUGGAGCAGCACGAGAGGAGACGAGCUGUACGGGACAAGGCUCGUUCGGGAUUUCGCGCCGCCGCCGCCGCCGCCGCGAUCGUUCGUUGCUGUUUGAUCGCACCGUCGAGCAUCAGUAGCUCUUCCUGCC